CGAAAGAAAAAAAAAUAGACGAAGAUUAUCUUCGCUAAGAGAGGGCGCAUGCGCUUGCCACUGAGAUUUGUUUUUCGUUUUGCCAGUUAGAAGAGCUACUUCAACAUGGACCAACGUCUGACGGAAAUCUUUCUGUUAAUUAUUUUGACGAUAACGUACGCAAGUGGCGACGUUUUGAAACGAGAUGUAGAAAACAUUGGGAGGCGAUGCCAAAUGGGUGAAACGUGGAGGGAAAGCUGCAAUAAGUGUUACUGCGGAAACAAAGGAGUCCCGCUCUGCACACACUGGCUCUGCGUCGGACCUCCGGAAAACACUAUCACCUCCUUCCACGACGAUUUCUGCACGCCUUUUUCGAGAUGGAAAGACGAAUGCAACGUAUGCUUCUGCACGGCGGAAGGCAUGCCGAAAUGCACGGAUUACAACUGCGGCCCGAGAAAAAUCAAUCGAUUGAAAAGGGAAUCACGCGCAAAACGACGUUACAGAUUCUCAGAAGGAACUUACUCCUGCCAGCCAGGCUUUUCCUGGCAUGACGGUUGCAACUCACACGGCUGCACAGAAGCAGGAAUACCGUACUCUACUUUGAAAUAUUGUCCGCCCGAAGAAAUCAACAGAAAUGUUAAAAUGUGUCGAGAAGGAGCGAGUUGGAGAUUACAGGGCAGGAUGUGUCACUGUACCGAAAAAGGAGUGGGCGUUUGCGAUCCAUAUAGAAAAAGAAGGGAGGUCUCUUCGUAUAACAGACCUAAGACAGUUGAACGAAACAUGUAUGAAAAAGCUUGCCAGCCAGGUUAUAUUUGGGAUGACGGCUGUAAUUCUUUUGCAUGUACCGAUGAUGGAUACUUUGCUUCAAGCUUGAACGUUUGUCCUGAAGAAAAAAUCGACCACGAUGUCCGCAUGUGUGCUAAGGGCUCGACUUGGAACUUCGGCAACUGGAAGUGUCGGUGUACUGACCAAGGUUUUGGAAAAUGUAUUCAGAGUGGCAAUAAAAAGCGUACACGGCUGCGUAAUCAAAAACAGGAUAUCCGAUAACAACCUGUUUUAAUUUCACGUACUAUUUAGAAUUAAGCUUUUUAUUAAUUUAAGCAAUUAAAAUGGUAUAUAUCAUUGUAAUUUCUUCAAUCUAAGAGGUUUACAUAACGCAACAAGUUUAUCAUACUGUA